CACCAACCGCAAUAUUCGCUGUCGUCGUCUCAGCCAGCCGAGCGAGAGUGUCUGAACAUCCGGGAUGAACUGCCAUCGGCUGAUCAUCACAACCCUCACAAGGCACAAAUGGCUCAGACAAGCACCACCCGCUCUCACCGGUCCCUCAUUUAAGCCGGGAUUCUUCUCUCACUGCUCGCCUCCCAGGUAACUAACUCACCAUCCAUCCCCAUCCGAUACCCCCUCAUCGUCACCAUAUAUUCCACGGCCCCUCACAGCAGCACCAGCAGCAGAGCCCGGUCUCAUCACCCCGCCACCACCAUGUCACCCUUGUCCCCCGAGGACAACAGGCUCAACGUCGACCGGGUCGCCGUCAUCGGCGCCGGACCCUGCGGCUUGGCCGCCGCCAAGUACCUCCUCGCCGAGAACAAGUUCUCAAAGGUCCAGGUCUUCGAGCAGAGGGACACCGUCGGCGGCGUGUGGACCUACAGCCCUCUCAACGUUGUCGACGGCGACUUCACCAUCCCGCGGACGCGGCCCACCCGCAACCCGGACACGGCCGUCGCCGUCGAGGGCCGCGCCGCCAAGCAGUUCGUCUCCCCCGUCUACGACCACCUCGAGACCAACAUCCCGCACACGCUCAUGAACUACUCGGACCGCAAGUUCCCCGCCGACGCCUCGCUGUUCCCGCCCCACCAGGUCGUCAAGAAGUACCUUGAGGGCUACGCCGAGGAGCUGCGGCCCAUCAUCUCGUUGUCUACCCAGGUGCUGUCCGUCAACAAGGCAUCGGACGCCACCGGCGGCGGCGGCGGCGGCGGCGGCGGCGGCGGCGGCGGCUGGGAGGUGGAGACGCGGGACCUCGGGACGGAUGAGAUUAGCAAGGCCCGGUUUGACGCCGUGCUGGUGGCGAGCGGCCACUACAACGACCCUUUCAUCCCCGACAUCCCCGGCCUGGCCGAUUUUGACAAGGCUCACCCGGGAUCCAUCACACAUUCCAAGUUCUACCGGAACGCGGCACAGUACAAGGACAAGAAAGUCAUCAUCGUCGGCAACUCAGCUUCCGGCAUCGACCUGAGCGCGCAGAUCUCGGCGGUCUGCGCCCUGCCCGUCAUCGUCUCCGAGAAGACGGUCCCCAACGCCCCGGCCGAGGACCGCUCGUCGUGGGCCAAGACGACCCCGGAGAUCGCCGAGUUCAUCCCGGACGGCCGCCGGGUCCGCUUCGCCGACGGCACCUUCGAGACGGACAUCGACGCCGUCGUCUUCUGCACGGGCUACUUCUACAGCUUCCCCUUCCUCCGCGACCUCUCGCCGCCCGUCGUCACCGACGGCGCCCGCGCCCGCGGCCUUUACGAGCACCUCCUCUACGCCCACGAUCCGACCCUCGCCUUCGCCGGCGUCCCGCAACGCAUCGUCCCCUUCCCCAUCUCCGAGGCCCAGGCCGCCUACGUCGCGCGCGCCUGGUCGGGCCGCCUGGCGCUCCCGGGGCGCGACGAGAUGGCGGCGUGGGAGGCGGCGGCGCUCGCCGAGAAGGGCGAGGGCAAGACGCUGCACAACCUCGCGUUCCCAAGGGACCUCGAGUACAUCAACAGGCUGCACGCGCGCAGCCUCGCGGCCGAGAGGCGGCCCGGCCUCGACAACGGCGGCGCCGGCAAGAUCCCGCCGUUCUGGGACGACGAGAAGAGGUGGACGCGGGAGCGGUUCCCGCUCAUCAAGAUGGCGUCGCGCAAGCUGGGCGAGAGGCGACACGAGGUGACGACGCUGGAGCAGCUCGGCUUCGACUACAAAGCGUGGAAGGCCGGCGUGGACGAGGAGGAGAAGCUGUUGUGA